GAAGAGAAAUGAAUUGGUAGUGGUUAUGGUAAUGGUUAUGGCAGAGGAAGAAGAGAACGCGUUAUCGAGCGAACCAGAAUUUCCGAAGAGUCGAGUGAAGAAGAUAAUGACACUGGACAAAGACGUGAAGAGAGUGAGUUCAGAAGCGUUGUUUCUGGUGUCGAGAUCUACGGAGCUUUUUCUACAGUUACUUGCUGAAAAGUCUGCGGAAGUCGCAAUUGAGAAGAAACGGAAGACGGUGAAGCUUGAACAUAUAAGAAUCGCGGUGAAGAGGAAUCGGCAUGUAAGUGAUUUUCUUCUCGAUUCGCUUCCUUUGCCUUCUGAAGGAACUAAAUCUGAUAAUCCCGCGGCCGUUGUUGUUGAUAAAGGAAAAUCUGUUCCGGUUGGUACUCGCCGGAUUGAUCAUAUAUUCCGAAAAUCGGAAGCUCAAGUUGAAGCCGAGGCGCCUGAACCGGUGCCUGAACCUAUGGAAGAGUCAUAGGUUGUUUUCAAUUAUACUCUGUAAUUGAGGUUUUCUUCGUAUGUUAAUGAUUAGCAAAAUGAUUAGGGAAACGAUGAGAAUCUAAUUUGGAAGAACCUCUCCUUAAGAAUAUGUUAUGUUUUGUUUUUACAUA